AUGGGAUGCGCUGGAUCCACUCCAAAGACUGAAGAUAACGGUAAGAAGUUGAAAAAACCAAAGCCUUGGAAGCACACCCAAGCAAUAACACCGGCACAACUCAGACAGAUGCGUGAUGAAUUUUGGGACACUGCUCCUCACUAUGGUGGACAGAAAGAGAUUUGGGACGCACUUAGAGCUGCUGCAGAUUCUGAUUUAGCGCUUGCACAAACCAUAGUGGAUAGCGCUGGCAUCAUUGUAUCAAAUUCUGACAUGACACUUUGCUAUGAUGAAAGAGGUGCCAAAUAUGAACUUCCAAAGUACGUACUAAGCGAGCCAACAAAUUUGAUCAGGGACGGUUAA